UUUUGAAAGUAAUAAUAAUUUAAGCGACAUAAGGAUGUGCAAAUAUUCUUAGAAAUGUACGAAAUGUUUGUAAUGGCCUUGCAUAUGAUCAAUCUAUGUCAUAAUAUUUUUAAUCACCACAUCUUUUAGUUUGGGCAAUAGACACAACUUCAGAUAUAUAUUUAGCCCUGAAUAUUACACAUUUCGUUGAACUGAAUGUAAUUAGUGUCUUUAAAGACGCCUCGAUAGUCUAGUGGUAGAGGGUCCGCUUCGAGUGCAGGAGGUCAUGGUUUCGAUCACCGGCCGCGUCAUACCAAAGACGUAUAAAAUGGUACCAGUAGCUCCCGUUCUUGGGGCUCAGCAUUCAAAGGGAGACUGGCCUCUUCUCUCACACGAUCGUGGCGAUAGAUUCCAUCAGGAAUGAGGUGUCGAGAGUGAUUAAUGAAAGUUAUAGAACUUGUUUCACAAUCGACCUAAAAUAAAUUAGUAUAAACUAAAGAUGCAAUUUGAAACAUUUUUACAGGUGUUGUGUGAUAAUACCACUUUCAAUGUUUGUAUUAUGUUUACUGCAGUAGCGAAAAAUAACAAAGAACCAUAUUGUACAAUGUCCGAUCAACUCCUAUACAAUAGCAUGGAAUUUCACUGCUUUAUCAUUAGUCACUAUUUGCAGUGUUUCUAUUCGUUAGAAAAUUAAUGAUAUAGUCAAUGACGCUGAGGAAAACGUCCUGUUGAAAGAAUAGUUUAGAUCAUAGAAACAGGAUUUACGUUAUAUGGGAAAAGCUGAUCACAGAUAUACACCACUUGAAGUUCCUCAUGUGACCGCCGGUCAUAAGUACAUUUGAUGGGCUAGUUAUCUGACAUGAGAAGAAGGAUAAACACUUACAGGAUACUUAACAUCAAAUAGAUACAUAUUGAUGAUUAUAGCCAAGAUAUAUUCGAUAGCUAGCCACUGACAGCGCAUGAUCACGUCUGACAUUCUGUAAGUGAUUGCCGGAGAUUAAAGCAAAGAUUUUGCAGGAACCCGUCGUACAAUGUCGUACGGAAAUAUGCAUUGAAAUCCAGUUUUGUGUUUGACAUAUGUUGCGACAGUCAUAUAUGGAAUAUAGUUUUGGAGGAUAAGUAUUAAGUAAAGAAAUGCUUGCAAUAAAAAAUGGAAAUGUUAUUGAAAAAAAAAAUUUGGAAAAGAAGCAGCUAAGUCGUAUUGAACGGAAAUGAGUAUUUGACGAUUGGUUGAAAUUUACUUGUUAUUUCCUUUAAAUAUCCAACCCUUUUAUUUUACUUCCUGUUUGUAGCUACACGAUAAUAUUUAUAGAAAAUACAUGUUCAAUGUCCUAGAAAUUAUGACCACUUGAUAAAAAAGAGAAAACCAAACACUUGUUUAUGAAAGAAAAUCGUUAAUCGUGAGUGGUGAAAACAUAAGCGGAGAAAUGGAUAAUGAAAUAAAGAUGGAAGUGCUCAAGAUAGAUCAUGACAAAAGUUACAAAAACAUUGUUUUUGUCGAAAACUCUUCAACGAAUAGUUCUACAGAUAUAUCUCGGGAUGCUUCAAACGACGAAAUCUUAGUGAUGUUAAAUGAUAAAGCAGCAUACAAUUUGAUUUCAAUUUUUGUAACUUGCGGGAUCCUUAUGUUAGUCGGCAUCUUUGGAAACAGCCUUGUUGUUCAGGUGUAUUGGUGUAAAAUGAAAUCAUCGGCGAAAAGGACAUUUAUUCUUGCUCUAGCUCUUCUGGAUCUCACAGUUUGUAUUAUUGUGAUUCCUUUUGAAUUGUAUGAUUUAAGAAAUCAGGUAAUGUUUUAUUAUGACGGUUUAUGCAAAGCUAUGCGGUUUGUUGAAUACGCAACGAUAUUAUCAGCUGGUUUUGUAUUAGUAUCUAUUUCUUUCGAAAGAUACUACUUCCUUUGUCGCGCAUUUCAGGAAUUUUCUCCAAGAAAAGCAAAACUUGUAUGUUUAGCAUGUGUUGUUUUAGCAAUGUUGGUAGCAACACCAUCGACUUUAUUUGCGGGUUCGAAAACGAGGCACGAAAAAUACGGUCACUGGAAUAUAACAGGUUGUGAAUGUUCAAUGAACUCAGAACAAAGCUUUAACAACAUGUUCAAAAGAAUAUACUAUUAUUGUCUAACAGCAAUAUUCUUUGGAUGCUUUAUUGUAUUUAUAGUUAUUUAUACAAUUAUCGGUCGUUUGCUUUGGAAAUACCAAACCGGAACAUUGGUUCCAGAUAUGGGCAAAAUGUCUUCCCGGUCGUCAUCGCCAUCGUCUAUGUUUGUAAACAAGAAAAUGUCAGUUGAACAUUCCAGUGGACAAAGUCACGCUUCUUGCUCCUCAAACAAAGAAAGGAACACAAGCAUCCACGGAAGACGUUGCAUUAAAUCUGCAGGGUCCAUCAUCAUAUUUUUCUCCGUAACUGUUGUAUUUGUGCUCAGCUUUUUGCCACACAUUAUUAUCAGACUUUUGCUUUUCUUCAAUAUGAAAUUAGAAGAAGAGUUUGAUAAAGAAACUAGUGAACUCUUGUAUAAUUUUGUUGUAAGAUCAUACUUGAUCAGUAAUGUAACCAAUCCAUUUAUCUAUAGUAUUUUGAAUAAGUCUUUUAGAAGAGAAUUGAAAAGAACAUUUAGAUGUUUUAGCAUAUGUAGACCAUCACGAAAGGGCACUUUGUUACCAACAAAUGUCAGGAAAAGAAAUGAUCAUUAUAAAUGUAAAAGGUUAAAAUUUUAGUAUUUACUACAUGUAUAUAGAAAUGACAUAUAUACAUUGUGCGGUUACUAUCUUAUAUAUUACUUAGACGUUUUUUGUUUACCUUCAUAGAAAAAAUAUUUUGUUCCCCUUCUAUAAUUCUGUUCAUUUGAUGAAAUUGGCGAUGUAGAAAUAAAUUUAUCAUUGACUUUA